AUGGCCGGGCAACAGUUCCAGUACGAUGACAGCGGCAACACCUUUUUCUAUUUCCUAACGUCCUUCGUCGGACUUAUUGUGAUCCCAGCAACAUAUUACCUCUGGCCCCGGGAUCAGAAUGCUGAACAACUGCGUCUGAAGAGCCUGAGGAGGGUACAUGGCAGGUGCCUGUGGUACCGGCUCAGGCUGAUGAAGUCACAGCAGAGCUUUGUCCCAACACUAAAGAAAGCAGCCUUGUUAUUUGGCUGGGCUGUGUUCCUGCUGCUAGCCUACAAGGUGUCCAAGCUGGACAGGGAGUACCAGGAGUAUAAUCCAUAUGAAGUCCUCAACUUGGACCCGGGUGCAUCGCUGUCAGAAAUCAAGAAGCAGUACCGUGUACUGUCACUCAAGUACCAUCCUGACAAAGGUGGUAAUGAGGCCACAUUCAUGAGAAUUGCCAAAGCCUAUGCUGCUUUAACCAAUGAACAGUCACGACAGAACUGGGAAAUAUAUGGUAACCCAGAUGGUCCAGGAGCAACCAGCUUUGGUAUUGCCCUGCCUGCCUGGAUUGUUGACCAGAAGAACUCAAUGCUGGUGCUGUUGGUAUAUGGACUAGCCUUUAUGGUCAUCCUUCCUGUUGUUGUGGGCACAUGGUGGUACCGCUCCAUCCGAUACAGCGGAGACCAGAUCCUCAUCAACACCACCCAGCUCUUCAUGCAUUUCAUGUACAAGACGCCCAACAUGAACAUGAAGCGGUUAGCCAUGGUGUUGACAGCAGCAUUUGAGUUUGACCCUCGCAGCAAUAAAGACGCCACCAUACGACCAACAGACAACAUUGAGGUGCCACAGUUGAUUCGCGAGUUGGGAAAUAUCAAUGUAAAGAAGAAGGAGCCUCCAUUCUGCUAUCCUUACAGUUUGAAGGCCAGGGUCUUAGUGCUUGCUCAUCUGGCACGCAUGGAAGUAUCAGAGGAGUUGGAGGAAGAUCAGAGGUUUGUGGUGAGGAAGAGUCCAGCUCUUCUCCAGGAGAUGAUCAACGUGGGCUGUCAGCUUACCAUGAUGGCCAACAGCAGAGGAGGUUUCCAUGCUCCUCGGCUGGUAACCAUAGAGAAUUGUAUGAAGCUGACCCAAAUGAUAGUGCAGGGUCUGCAGGAGUCAAAGUCACCCCUGUUGCAGCUGCCCCACUUUGAGGAGGAGCACCUCCGCUACUGCAUCUCUAAGAAGUAUAAAGUCCGGAGCCUACAGGACCUGGUGAGUCUCAAGGACUCGGACAGACGCAGCAUGCUGCGUUUCUUGGGGGAGGAGAAGUACGACGAGGUCCUGUCUGUGCUGGGCAGCUUCCCUCACAUCACCAUGGACACCAAACUGCAGGUCCUUGAUGAUGAAGACAGCAAUAACAUCACAGCAGGCUCUAUUGUUACAGUAACUGUCACCUUAACCAGAAAACGGAUGGCGGAGAUGUUUGAAAAGGAGCAGGACUCAACACCAUGUCUAACAGAAGAGGCUGCCACUACAGAGGAAGCACAGGGAGACUCGAGUAAAACCAAAACAAAAGUGUGGCAGAACAAGAGUAAAGGGGCAAAGAAGACAGCCAAGUCCAAGAAGAAAAAAUUAACCAAGAAGAAGGCCACUCCUGCACCCGCCAAAACCAAACAGGCCAAUGGCAACGUGGCAGGAAAUGAAGUCGUAGCAGCAGCAGCAACAACAACAACAACAGCAGCAGCAGUAGUGAAGGAGGACGAGGACGAGGUCUCAGACAAGGGCAGCGAGUCGGACGAGGGCGAAGCCAACAAGGACUCUCCCAGCGAGAGAGACGAAGACAGCGACAAACAAAGCGACACAGAGGUGGACGAGAUAGCUGGCGACGAUGAAGAGGAGUGGGAGGCGUUGCAGCAAAGCAUCCAGCGGCGAGAGCGGGCCCUGCUGGAGACCAAGUCCAAGGUGACGCACCCCGUCUACAGCCUGUACUUCCCCGAGGAGAAGCAGGAGUGGUGGUGGCUCUACAUCGCCGACCGCCGAGAUCAGACCCUGGUCUCCAUGCCCUACCACGUCUGCACACUAAAAGACACAGAAGAGGUGGAGCUGAAGUUUCCAGCCCCCUCCAAAACAGGCAAUUACCAAUAUUCUGUCAUCCUUCGUUCUGAUUCCUACCUGGGACUGGACCAGAUCAAACCACUCAAGCUGGAGGUCCACGAGGCCAAAGCCAUGCUGGACAACCACCCACAGUGGGACAUCCCAGACACGGAGGAGGAGGACGAGGAGCAGGAGGACAGCGACGGUAUCGAGGAGAGCGAGGACGAUGACGAGGACAACGACUGAAUGCGGAUACACACGCACACACACACACACACGCGCACACACACACACACACACACACACACACACACACACACACUCAGCCCCCCGCCCCAAACAGUACCCAAGAGCAGUGAACAAGGAGCAGUAAAGCUGUGCCUGCAACACACACACCAAACGCACACACA